AUGCCGAUGAGCCAUGCAAUGAGCCCGAUGAGCCAUGCCAUGAGCCAUGCCAUGACUGGCCCAACGCUUACCGUGCCCGCCCGGGCCGCCGAUACCACCUCAGCAACAGCAACGGUCGUUACACACGUUCGCUCCUCGUUCAUCAAUAACCCCUCGUCUUCUGCCCCGGGUCUGCUCUCGGUCGGUGGUGCAACUCCGAAUGCAAGCACAAGUAGUGCUGCUGCUGCUACUGCUACUGCUGCCACUCGCUCUUCCGCCUCAUCCGCUCUCACCAGCAUCCCGGCCCUGUCAGCCAUCGAGAUCCCGUCGUUCGAUCUAUUGAGCGAGUUUGACAAGUCUUUCUUUAGCUUUAGCACCAGCCCCAGUGCCGAUACCACCACUUCUGCCACCCUCGCUAAUACCAGUACUUCAACACCGCCCUCCCAGAGCACCCUCGACGUUCCUCCCCCUCCCCCUCCUAAGCCUACUCCUACUAUCGCUACAUCUCCCUGUGCAACAAAAGUCACGUCUGGAGCUCCCCCACAGACUCUCGCCCAAAGACCCGCCACUGCUGUGCCAGACCAGAAGUUUGGAGCGCAACUGGAAAGGAGCAAGACUGAUAGUGACGCAAAGCGAGCAGCAAACUGCCCUGCUGCUACUGCCCUCCCUCAGCAUCGUCAACCUGAGACCGUCCCAAUUGGUCUCAAGCCGGCCGUCAACCCAAGCCCCAGCACGGCCAAUUCAAUGGUCGACCGCCCUAUCUCGUGGUUGCCGAGCUCAAAGGCGAGUUCCAGCGCCAAGCCUACGGCCCAGGAAGCAUCGCGCGUCAAGAGACUGUUUAGACAAAAUGCCGUAUCGCGCGAGGAGAAGGCGGAGAAGCCCGUAGAGAGCUCUUCAAAACCUGCCGAGUCUUCUGCUAGCCCCACCAAGAAGUCCUGGCUCUCAAGGGCACGGUUGCCGCCGCCUGCAACAAGCACGCCCAAUUCCAGUUACUCGUCUCUCGAGAAGUCAGAGCCAUUGAAGACCAAGACCGAAUCUAAAAGUCUCACCUCCAACCUGGCUAGUGCUCUGUUGUCCAAAUUGAGACAGAAACCCCAGACCGUGUUUUCCAAGGGCUCCGACCCUUCUUCUAAGGCGAUAAGCCGGACUUCGCGCUUGAUCAUCCCGAUCUCCUCUACAUCCUCUUCUCCUGCCACAACAACCUCUUCCUCGCCUACUGCUACACGCAAUGCCUCUCCGAAUGGUUUUGGCGCAGGAAACACCCGCACGCCGUUCCAAAGGGCUUCUUCGGUUGAUACUGACCUAGACACCGACUCGGCAACUGCCUGCUCGGCCUCCGAAAAUGCCUCCCGUUCCUCCCGGUCUACCGCUGACACGACCGUAACUGUGCCCUCUCGCGACCCUCUUUGGUCAACUUUCCGCAUGAUCGAUCUCGAGUUUGCCAGAUUCGCUGCAAAGAGCACGACAUCCCUCCGUAUGGGCGUCGUCCGGAGCAUGUUGCUUCCCUUUCUGCGCAGUACGGCCUACCAUCCAUCGAACGCGGACCUUUCGAUCUUGAAUGCCGAGGAUGUCGACCGGAGAGCAGCCAUUCUGAACAGGUGGUGGAAUGCUCUUUUGGCAAUGCUGGCUGGCAAUAACUCAAAACUUCCCCCUGGUCUUGCCCCCAAUGUCGAUGCCUUGGGCGUCCCAUUCCCUGUCCUGCAGCCCGUCGCUGGAGUGGAUAGGCCAACCUUGCUCGAGGCAAUCUGCAUGAUCAUGAUGCGGCCUGAAUGGCGCGCCUGCACUAGCUAUUGGCAGCCCCUGGCUUCUCGUUGCCCAGAUGAGCGGGUGCGUGCAAGAUCGGCUACGCAGUCAAGUUCGGAUAGCGACGUCGAUUCGAUCCUCAUGGCCGAGUCUGCCGAGCACAACAUCCGUACGAUGUUCAUCGCCAACCUCACGACGCAGAUGGCGCUGGUUGUGGAGAAGUUGGCCUUGAAGCACGCCCCGCUGAGCUUGAUCAACUGGUGCGGUAGGGCAUGCGCCUAUGCCUUCUUCUUCGUCCCCGGUGUUGCCGAUGUCCUCGUUCGUCUCUGGGGCAUCAAUGCCGAUGUCUUGCGCCGGGUUGCUGAUGAGUUCGGCCUGCCGAGACGGAACAAGGGCGAAAGUGAAGACAUUGUGGCCUUGUUCCCGCCUCAUCUGCACAAGCUUGGCUGGUCGUCAGUCAAGACCCUCGCGGACCGGCUCCGCGUUGCGGCCAAGCUCCCUCUACCUCUUGCCAAAAUUCAGUGGCAUGGUCCCUGGGUUUCUCGUUGGCGCGGUGCAGACACAGAUCUCUUCUAUGUAUUCUGCAAGCAUUUCUACCUCUUGGGCCAAGACUUCAUGCUUAAGGGCCUGCCCCUCGUUGAGAAGGCGCGCUCUCCGGCGUUCGUCCUGGUCCAUGCUCAACUCCUAUCCAUCUUGGAUAGUGCUAUCCAUGGCCAGCUCUCCUCUGACCCCAUGUUGGGGCCCCCCAUCUCAGAGGGUGCCCAUGGCGCUGACGCUGCCCUUCUCCCUGCACCCGAGCUUCCGAGCAAUGUGGUGGCAGGAAUGAGCGAACAUCGCCUGAUUAUUAUGCUUAAACACAUGCUGCGUGGCGAGCAAGAUACCAGUGACGUUCCUGCGGAGAUCAAACAUACGUUCGCUGAAGCUUUCGUGGCCAUCACUAAGGCUGCGACUAAGCGGACGCCGAAGUUCGAACAUGCUGCGUGUUUUGUGCUCUGUGACUUGCUCGAGCAGGCCUUGAUCACACUUCAUGCUUUCCAGACAACGGUCAACAAUAACGCUAUCAAAUUCAUCGACUGGCCGUUUUGGUUCGACGUUGCGAAGAUGAUCAUGGACUCGAACAAUACCAUGUCCGAGAUUCGUAUCCUCUCGUUCUUAUUUGCUGUCUGGGACGCCCUCGCUGCCGACCCAGCGCGGAAGGAGAAGCUUUGCCUAGAAUGGUUGUUGACUGAGGAUGUGUUUGCGAAAUUUUUCAAUCAUUGGUGCCCAAUGGUUCGCGCCUACUAUAUGCGCCUGUUGUGCUGGAGAAUAUGCAGAGACAACGGAAAGGUGAACGAGUUGGAUACCAAAAUCUAUCUCGUUGCGUCCCAGCGGCUGAAGACCGUUUGGUCUCAUUAUCUCUGGUUGAAGCAGGAUGCCGAGAUGACCGGCAAGAUGCAGCCGUCCACGGCUCCUUGCUAUCCAGCCCCUGGGAAGAGAUUCGUCAUUAUGCGUCUUCCCCAGCAGCAGCAACACCCGAUGCGAGUCGGCUUUGAUUCGUUUUCAAAUUCCCUCGUCGGUACCGAUCCCCUAGCAGAUCUGGAACCCAUUUCUCCCACCGGCAGUGACAGACUGGCUGCCGGCAACGGCCAGGCGGAGGGCAGCUCUUCUUUCAAGAAGAGAUGGUCGCUUCUUGGGAAAGUUAUCCCAUUCAACUCCACGAGUGAGAGCCAGGCAUGGGAAGAUCAUCGGGCCUUUAGAGAAGGGCUGCAGCAAGCUCAACGCGACAGCGACGCAGCCAGGUUGGCAGCUCGAGGAGGAGCACCUCCUGUUCCACCCAAGCACUCUCCUGUCAUCAGGAACUCGACGGAGUCCUUCUGCUCAGCGAGCUCUACAAUGACCUACGACACCACGACCGACGUUUUCCGUUUCAUCCUCACCCUUUUCGAGCUUCAACCUGGUGUUUGGGUCCCCUUCCCACCAACCCGCGACCGCAUCUUGACUCGACCUCGUCUCCCUGGACCCGCACAAGCUCGAGUGACGGCUCGCUUGACCGGCAUCUCCGCCAACAUGAAUAUGCCUACCAAUUACACAGAUCUGUUCCUCUUCCAAAGCGACACCCCCCCUCUGAUUUCCCCCGGCCUGCCUCCAGAGACCCGUCGUGUCAGUGGCCAGCUCCACACCGGUCUCAUCAGCGAGGCGCGGAACGCUCGCCCGCUGACUGAUGACGAGGAUGACGGUCGUCGGGGGCGUCGGAUCUCCUUCAGCGCGACUCGUGCUCCGCCCAGCCGUGAGUAUCAGGACAACGUGAGAAGUCUAUCGCUGAACAGGACGGUUCCGCACAUCCGCUUCGGCGGCGAUGCCGUUGGCGCUUCGCCGCGCCGUUUGUCGUUGGACGCCGACCCUACCAGGCCUCCUAACCGCCGACGCACGAGCUGCAGCAGUGACAGUGAGUAUGGGUAUGGGCAUAUGAGCGGCUGGCCGCCGCAACAGCAGCAGGCCCCCGCCCCUCCUGCUGUUCGCGCGGAGAAACCUACGGGCCCCUACGCUCAGGGUGCUGUGUACUGCGGACGUGCCUUGGCUGAGUGGGCCGUUGUCGUAACGGAGUGCAACAGCUUCAUUGAGCGUCGCCGUGACGAGGGUAUCCUGGGGCUGGCGGACGUCGAGGUCCCGGUGCUUGGAGUCGAGGGGCUGGGCUUUCAAAGGAGGUGCUAA